AUUAUCCAGCAAAAUAUUUACGAAAUUGAGUUAAAAAGUAUUCAUUUCUCCGAAGCCGACUUGGUCCUCCGGCCGUCAAAAUUAACAAAAUUAUUACUGACAAUUUCCCGGCAUUAAACUCCCUGCUGCUCGCUUCCUACUACCCCCUACUUACAAUAAUCCAAGAUCGAUCUCAUUUUCUCUCUCUUCCCCAAUUUGUUUGCCUACUCUACUACAAAUGCUUUCUGCUGCAUUUAUUUGGCUUUUUGUUUGAUAAUUUGUACAAAACCCAACCAACUCUUUUUAAAAAAGAAAAAUUAAAUCCAAGAGAAAGCAGGAAAUGAGAGGUUCAAUGGGUUCAUCCCCAAAAGCUGUGGAGCCCCGCCAUCGUCUUUCCGCUUCAGUUGAAGAGUCGAGCAAAAGAAGGUCUAUGAGACAUAGAGAUAUUAGAGAUGUCGAAAAAGCAUCAUAUUCUGCCUUUCAAGAUAGAAGUUAUAACUGCAAGUUUACACCAUUAAAGCUCAUCCUGAUUGUCAUUUUGAUUGGAACAUUUUUGACGCUCCUUCACUCUCCAUCCUUACAGCAUACAGAGAAUUUAUCAAAUUCCAAAUCUCAGAUGAGUAUUGUAGAUAUAUGGAGAGGGGAUAGUCAUGUUUUGGACAAGCGCUAUGUAUCAGAUCUAGCUAUUAAUUGGAAUCACAUCUCAGAAGUCAUGGAAACUCUCACUGAUAAGAAUGAAUAUAAGGCUAUAGGCCUUUUGAAUUUCAAGGAAAGUGAAGUUGAUAGUUGGCAAGAAAUGUUACCUUCUCCUGAGCAUAUCAUUUUGCAUCUGGACCAUGUCCCUAAAAUCUUAACUUGGGAAACACUGUAUCCUGAGUGGAUUGAUGAGGAAGAAGACUUUGAGACACCUAGUUGCCCUACUCUUCCCAGCAUUCAGGUUCCUAGAAAUGUACGUAUGGAUCUUAUCGCUGUGAAAUUGCCUUGCAACAAGCUUGGAAAAUGGUGGAGAGAUGUAGCACGACUGCACCUACAGCUUGCAGCAGCAAGACUUGCUGCGUCUUCUAAGGGGUCGUAUGACAUACAUAUACUGUUUGUUACUGAGUGCUUCCCAAUCCCAAAUCUCUUCACAUGUAAGGAACUUGUUUUGCGUUCUGGGAAUGCAUGGCUGUACAAGCCCAAUCUGAAUACCCUAAGAGAAAAGGUUCAGCUUCCUGUUGGAUCAUGUGAGCUCGCACUUCCUCUCAAUCCAAAAGCCCAUCUAUCUACUGGAACUGCAGUCCGAGAAGCAUAUGCUACGAUCCUACACUCAGCACAUGUUUAUGUAUGUGGAGCCAUUGCAGCAGCACAAAGCAUUCGAAUGUCAGGUUCAACUCGUGAUUUAGUCAUUCUUGUUGAUGACACAAUUAGUGAGUAUCACCGAGGUGGCCUCGAGGCUGCAGGUUGGAAAAUUCAUACCAUUCAAAGAAUCAGGAACCCUAAAGCUGAACCAGAAGCCUAUAACGAGUGGAACUACAGCAAAUUCCGUCUUUGGCAGCUAACAGAUUAUGACAAAAUCAUUUUCAUAGAUGCGGACCUUCUUAUACUCCGAAAUCUAGACUUCCUAUUCGGGUUGCCGGAGAUUUCUGCCACAGGAAACAAUGCUACUCUUUUCAACUCUGGAGUUAUGGUAAUUGAGCCAUCUAAUUGUACAUUUAAGUUAUUAAUGGACCACAUCAAUGAGAUAGAAUCCUACAAUGGUGGUGACCAAGGGUAUUUGAAUGAAAUCUUCACAUGGUGGCAUCGAAUUCCCAAGCGAAUGAAUUUCUUGAAGCAUUACUGGGAGGGUGACGAGCCUGAAAAGAAAGAGAUGAAAACCCGGUUAUUUGGUGCAGACCCUCCAGUACUUUAUGUACUCCAUUACCUUGGGUUGAAACCAUGGCUAUGCUUUCGGGAUUAUGAUUGCAACUGGAAUAAUGAAUUAUUGCACGAGUUUGCUAGCAAUAUUGCACAUAGAACUUGGUGGAAGGUGCAUGAUGCAAUGCCUGAAAACUUGCAUAAAUAUUGUUUGUUAAGGUCUAAGCAGAAGGCAUCAUUGGAGUGGGACCGAAGACAGGCCGAGAAAGCAAACUACAGUGACGGCCAUUGGAAGAUAAAAAUCAAGGAUCCCAGAUUGGAGACAUGCUUUGAGGAUUUCUGCUUCUGGGAAAGCAUGUUGUGGCACUGGGGUGACAAGAAUUGGACCGACAAUGCGACUACUGUAUCUUCACCACCAUCAGGGAUUAAAACAACAUCUCUUCACUCUUUGUAGUAUUUUCAGGGUCUAUUUUUGCCCAUCUCAGAAAUAUAAUGACUCACAUAUAUAGAAUACAGAUUGACAGAUACAACUUAUUUUUCGCGUGUAAAUUCUAUACCGAGUAUUUUUACAUAUUUAUCCUGUCGAGCCGAGAACCAAACUUUACUGGUA